GUAUCAUGCCCUGGUGUGCAUUUGCCAGCUAAGGAUGACAUCUACCUCAGUGUGUGCUUCAUGGGCCAAUACCGCAAGUUGGAGUGUCUCCCCCCUGUCUUUCCACUCCUGUUUCAAGAGAAGAUGGCUCAAUGUGACAUGUCUCUUCCUGAUCAUUCUAAACCAAGGGUGGCCAACCAACUCUUCUGGAGAGCUAUCAGGUGUGCAUGCUUUUGUUCCAGCCCAGCUCUUGCACAGUAGAUAAUAACUACACAGCUGUUCAUCAACAGGCUUGAUUUGCUGACUCCGGUGGGUUUGAGCAGGGCUGGAACAAAAGCCUGUAUGCCCUGUAGCGCUCUUGGAUGCCAGGAGGUUUGGCACCAUGCAGCUGUCCCAUACACUAGUAACAGAAAUCCUAAAAUGUGUAUGAACAAGAUUUUCUAAAUGAGAUUUGUUCAGUUUCUCUUCACAUUCAGGUGUUCCACUAUGCUGUUGGCCCAGGAGAUGUUGCACAGAUGCUGGAAUGUAAGUUCUAUUAUAUAUACCUAUACCUGUAGACAAGCCUAUUUGAUUAAUUUUGCUACUACAAUGUUAGAUAUUGUAUGCUCAUAUUCAACUACUUUUUGUUUGCUUCUUUUUCCCUAGGUGAAACCGUCAAAGUUGAAUUGGUAAGUUACAUUUACAUUUUUACAUUACAUUUUAGUCAUUUAGCAGACACUCUUAUCCAGAGUGCAUACAUCAUUUUUUUAUUUUUCAUACUGGCCCCCCGUGGGAAUCAAACCCACAACCCUGGUGUUGCAAACGCCAUGCUCUACCAACUGAGCUACAUCCCUGCCAGCCAUUCCCUCCCCUACCCUGGACGACGCUGGGCCAAUUGUGCGCCGCCCCAUGGGUCUCCCGGUCGUGGCCGGCUACGACAGAGCCUGGAUUCGAACCAAAAUGGCACAGCUAGCACUGCGAUGCAGUGCCUUAGACCACUGGGCCACUCGGGUCUAAAAUUUAGAAGACAAAUUACAGCACCUUGGAAAAUCAACUGUACCAAUUCAACUUUUGACGGUUUCACCUAGGGAAAAAGAAGCAAACAAAUUCGAUUUAAUGUUAAGAAAUGUCCAACAACUGGCUAAGUGUUUUAACAUGAAUCAAACAUGGUAGCCUAAUACACAAUAAGCAAGUUGAUCAUAUAUGACAAUAUGCCAUUUACAAGCAACUUACAGUGAGUGCAUACAUUUUAGUAUACUGGAUGAUCCCCAGCGAGAAUUCAACCCAUUGCUCUUGCAUUGUGAGCGCUAAGUUCUUACCAACUGAGCCACAAUGAUUGACCACUGUGUGCUUUGCUGCAGUGGGGAAGGCCCUGGCCUGCUUUGAGUCGGACGCCAGAAGCUUCCUAUUCCCAGAACCCAAACUGGUUCCUUCCUUCUCUGGAUUGGCCAGAGAGGUUCUCAUGACACGAUCCAUUAGCUUCCCUGUAAGUAGGAGCCUUUUACACCACAGAGCUUACAUCAUCACUAUAGAGAUCUAGGCUAUAGUCCCGCUACAGUGAGAUGUGUGAGACAGGGAUGUUUCACUGAACACUAAUUGAUAGGUCACAGUAGGACAAUACAGAGACAGUGUACCUGUACUGAGAGAAUACAAUAAAAUGCCUUUAUUUGUAUGGCAUGUUCAAUAGAAACAAGAUUUUUUUUUUAAAUCCGACACGUUUCGGCUGCAUGGCCUUCGUCAGGGAGUACAAAGAAAUAAUACAAUGUCCUCUUUUGAACAGCUUUUCCAAUUAGCCCUAAUUUGAAGAGGGAGUGGUUACAAAGUUGAUUGGACACACCUAGUAAGCAAUACUAUACACAUUAACAAGUGAAAUACUGUAACUAUGAUAUCAUACAAAUACAACUCCAAGUUAGAAGUAUCAGAACACUAACCUUAAAUAUGACUUGGAAAAGUGUCAAAAAUAAGAAAGCAAUAUAUUCCAUAGUACACUAGAAACCAGCAAAACAUGAACAACAACAGUCUAAACAUAGCUGAGGGCAAAUGAGCACAAUGUCCACUAGAUGACAGCAAAUGGACCUAUCACAACCCUACAGGAAGGGUGAGAAAUCCAUAUCUUCAUUUAAACCAGGGUAUUUAGUGGCCUGUAGCUUGAAUCUAUAGAUUGGAAUGUCCACAGUGCAAGGUGUUCUACAUUGGACGGACAAAGAGAUGCCUUCAAGACCGCUUAGCGGAACACAAGUACACCAUACGGGUAGGCAAUGAACACUACCCCAUGGCAAGGCACUACAAGUCCUUACACCAUGGUAACCCUGCCUCCCUACAAGCUAUGGGUACUGAUCAUAUUCCGGCCUCUAUUAGAAAAGGGGACCGUCUGAAACAGUUAAACCAAAGGGAACGUUUUUGGAUUGACAAACUACAGGCCACUAAAUACCCUGGUUUAAAUGAAGAUAUGGAUUUCUCACCCUUCCUGUAGGGUUGUGAAGGGUCCAUUUGCUGUCAUCUAGUGGACAUUGUGCUCAUUUGCCCUCAGCUAUGUUUAGACUGUUGUUGUUCAUGUUUUGCUGGUUUCUAGUGUACUAUGGAAUAUAUUGCUUUCUUAUUUUUGACACUUUUCCAAGUCAUAUUUAAGGUUAGUGUUCUGAUACUUCUAACUUGGAGUUGUAUUUAUAUGAUAACAUAGUUACAGUAUUUCACCUGUUAAUGUGUAUAGUAUUGCUUACUAGGUGUGUCCAAUCAACUUUGUAACCACUCCCUCUUCAAAUUAGGGCUAAUUGGAAAAGCUGUUAAAAAGAGGACAUUGUAUUAUUUCUUUGUACUCCCUGACGAAGGCCAUGCAGCCGAAACGCGUUGGAUAAAAAAAUAUCUUGUUUCUAUUGAACAUGCCAUACUAAUAAAGGCAUUUUAAUUAAUUAUAUGAAGAGUGCCUUGGUCCUCCUUUCUUUUUGAUGACCAAUUCACCCCUUUGACCAAAGAGCACCUUCUGUCUACCAACAUUUACUAUUGUGUACCUUAGUAGCGCUUCCCUUCCUCCUCUUUCUACUAGAAUACAAUUUAUGUUGACGCAUUAAGCUGCUCUUCUAACUAGUGGAUUGGGCCACUACCCAUUCAAGUCAUCCACUCUCACAUCUUCCCCAGGGUAUUGCUCCAAGGUCAGAGUUCUCCACCAGAACAACAUCAGUGAGUGCUCUGCAAACGCAGAGGUCAACCACACCCAUCUCAGUUCUCCAGUGGUAAUGUUUUCACUACAUCAUCAGCACUUCUAUCACUCUCCAUAGACUUUAUUGUCCCGUACCCUAGCACAAGGUGUCUCUGGUCCAAGGUAGGAGCUGUAUGCCUAUAUGCAGAAUUUAAUUUCAACCACUUAUUCCCAUUGGACCAAGGACCAAGAUUGAAAAACACUGAGCUCAGAGGAGGCUGCUGGGAGGAGCUUUAGGAGGACAGGCUCAUUGUAAUGGCUGGAAUAAAUGGAAUGGAGUCAAACAUGUGGUUUCCGUAAUAGUUUGCUAUUUUCUUGUCUUCAUUCGUUUGCUCACAGAGGACAGUGGUGCCAGAGAAACACACUAAAAGGUUCCGAAAUGGGCAUUGAGGAGGAGUUUGGAAAUGGUGCCCGAUGGGCACCAGCGAAGCCCAGGUCGCGCUCCCUCUCCCCGUACAAAUCCAGCCAGAUGGACGGUUGUCAUGGAAACAUGGGUUAACUGGCACAGCUCAGUUUGGGUUCAAGCUGGGAUAUAGAUGAGGAGUUUUUAUCCUGCCAUGUGAGUAUAUUUGACUUCUAGUGGUGUGAGCUGUCAUGAUGACAAAUGACAGUAUGACAUCUGCUAUGUCAUGCCAGCGAGUCAGCGACAAGUCACCAGGCUCAAGUGUUAAGUACAUACAUAGUUGUAUUGAUGUGUGUUUGUGUUAUUUUAUUUUGUUUGUGUGUGUGUGUGUGUGUGUGUGUGUGUGUGUGUGUGACAUUACAGCCAGCAGGUGGCAGAGAAUAGCUCACUGUUAUUUGUAGUGAUGAGGAAUAUUCCCAGAUGCAUUUUUAUCCUCGGCCCUGCUCAGUCAUGUAAAUUAGUAAUGAUUUCCUGAACUGUACAUAACACGCUGUUAUUGAGAUGAUGACAUUGUUGAUAAAGGAAAUAGGACAUUGAACUCAACUAAUAAACUAAGAUUAGAUAGUACUUUAUCAAUCCCCUAAAGACGAAUUUUGAUUGCACAAGCUAAUACAUACUACAACAACAAAAACAACAACAAUAAUAAUUAGACAGUAAAACACAACAAAGGACACGCAGACAGUAAAAGCAGCACAUCAUCAAUUCAUGUAAAAGACUAGUGUCCACCUCUGGACACCAGUUCCAAAUAAAACGAAACCAUUCAUUCCAUUUGGCAAAUAGGGUUAUUUCAGGCUUUGGACUCCCAACUCAAUCAAAUUGGUUCAUUUUAUGUAUACCCCUUCAAGUGACGUGUAUCGGACUGAUACUUAGUAGCAUGUCAUGGUUUUUUAACCAUCUGCUUUGCUGUGUUCUCCUCCUGUCCCUAGAAGAGGGACCCUUGGCUCGGUACUGGCAACUCCCCCACACCUCCCCUGUCAUGGCCAGACGCACCCUGACCAACGGCUCCUCUCCUCGUCUCCCACACUCCCCAUCCUCUGACAAUCUCCUGUACUUCCCCCCCCAGGUCCAAGCCAGCAAUGUUCCCUGGCUAACAAAGGGGGGUCCCCCACCCCUACACCCAUACCCAUCCCUUCCAUGCUUUGGGGCUCCUACAUGGAAAGCUAGAGCCAAAAUGGGUACGUCUAGCCUACUUGACUUA